ACCCUUACUCGUCUCUCCUUACCUUUUCUCUCUCUCUCUCUCUCUCUCUUUUAAACUCUUUCCCAACUUUUUCACUCUCUCUCGCUAGUAUCAUAGCAGAACCACCGCCACCGCCGGAGAAGAUAAGUAAUUUCAGAAUGGAGGCGAAGCUUCCGCCGGCAAAGCCCCCAUCGGCGACGGACAUGGUGAUUGACCAGAUGCCAGACACCCCGAAGCGUGGGUCACAUCACAGGCGAGCUCACUCUGACACCUCCUUCCGCUUCCCAAACCUCGACGACCUACUCCUCUUUGACCCAUCUGACCUCGACCUCAGCGCCUUCCCUUCUCCCUCUCCCUCCCCUUCCCCUUCGCCCUCCCCCACCCCCGCCGCACGUGCCGCCGCCGCUGCCGCUGCCGCCCCCGUGACUUUCGAUUCCUCCGACGAGUCCUGCGGUCCAAUCGGCGCGCCCAGAUCUAGGCCCAGGCCCUCCGGUACCCCAUCCCAUAUUCGGAGCCUGUCUGUGGACUCUGACUUCUUCGAGGGUUUUGGCUUCGGUGGAGACCCGUCGAAAGAGGCGGUUGGGGAGAAGAGGGCUGGCCGUCAUGGCCACAGUAACUCCAUGGAUGGGUUCGGUUCGGCGUCGUUUGAGUCCGACUCGGCUGCUCUUGGUGUUGAUGGUAUUAAGAAGGCUAUGGCUCCUGAUAGACUCGCUGAGCUUGCUCUGAUUGACCCCAAAAGAGCCAAAAGGAUUCUUGCUAAUAGACAAUCUGCCGCGCGGUCUAAAGAGAGGAAGAUUCGCUAUACCAAUGAGCUGGAGAGGAAGGUCCAGACCCUUCAGACUGAAGCCACCACCCUUUCUGCGCAGGUUACAUUGCUCCAGAGGGAUACUACUGGGUUAACUGCUGAGAAUAAGGAGCUCAAAAUGCGGUUACAGGCUAUGGAGCAACAAGCACAACUCAGAGAGGCUCUGAAUGAAAAAUUGAGGGAAGAAGUUCAGCGCCUCAAGAUAGCAACCGGGCAAGUUCCCUCUAUCAAUGGCAAUAUGUUCAACCGAGGACUCGCUCCCCAAUUCGCCUCCCACCAGCCUGGCAUGCAUAACUUUGGUAGCCACCAGACUCAGCAACAACAGCUUCACAUGCCUCAGUCAUCCAACAAUAACCAGAAUCACAAUAAUGGGCAGCCUCAACUUAGCUUCUUGGACUACAAUCGAAGGGUGUAGAAUCAAUUAUUAACCCAAAAAACUUUGUGUGGCGCUAUCAACAGGAUAACUCAUUUCAGAUAGCUUCUGUACAUAUAGUUAAGUAUGUAUGUACUCUGCAGGUAUGUAUAAGUUGUUGUGAUGACUGAUUUUGCUAAGAUCAGUCCCUUAUAUCAGUUCUUUAUAGGUAUGGCUAUAUCAGCAAUCAUUAUUAUUUCUAGGAUAGGAAUUUACUCAGAAUGUUGUUGUAAAGCAAAACUCUCUUUGUUGGACCAAUUAUGGGCAACUGGUUAUUAUCAUUUAUAAUGUUUACAACUACAA